CCUAGUCCAAACCCUAGUCCACCGACUCAUAUAUAAAAUCAAACAAAAAUCUCCAGACUCAAUUUCGAACUUCCGGAGAAGCUUCGCAGAGGUUUUCAUCUCCCAGCAAAAAUGGGAAAAGGUACCGGAAGUUUCGGUAAGCGGAGGAACAAGACGCACACGCUGUGCGUGAGGUGUGGCCGCCGCAGCUUCCACCUCCAGAAGAGCCGGUGCUCCGCCUGUGCCUAUCCCGCCGCUCGCAUCAGAAAAUAUAACUGGAGUGUCAAGGCAAUAAGGAGAAAGACUACUGGAACUGGCCGAAUGAGGUAUCUUCGCCAUGUUCCCCGCAGAUUCAAGACCAACUUCAGAGAAGGUACUGCUGCUACUCCGAGGAAUAAGGGAGCGGCUGCAUCGUCGUAAAUUUCGUUUAUGCAGUUUUAGCAGACUCUUUUUCCUUCCGAAUUUGCCCUAAUUUUAUAUGCAAACAUGUGUGGUUCUGCUUGUAGCAGAGUAUGCUUUUGUUUAUCGGGAGUAAAUUAUUUUCAACCAUAUUAUAUACUCUUUCUUAUUCAGUUAAUAGAUGUUCUGAUUUUGGUGAAAGGGUGAACCACAUGAAAAGAGAAUUUUAAAAUAAAAAUUACCCGGAGUAACAACAACAACAACCCAGUUAAAUCCCACAAGAGUAGGGUCUGGGGAGGGUGUGUGUACGCAGACCUUACCCCUACUCGAAAGUAGAGAGGCUGUUUCCAAAGAGACCCCCGGCUCAACGUCGAAAGUUGCAUUGCUUGACUAACUGCUACUUCAUUAAUUAAAGAAGCGCAGACAGUUUAGAGAUCCAUUUUGAUUUAUUCCAUCACACCCCAAAGCCAAAAAAUGAUGAAAUUUUGG